CUAACCAGCUAACUUCCGCCCAACUUGCCUUGUACUCAUAGAUAUGUAAUGAAAUCUGACUGAAUUACAUUUGUAAUAUUAAACUGAUUCACAAUAAAUCAAGCAUCCUUUGCUAGUGCUGUAAACACCAACAGUCCUCUGGUCAAUGUGCUGCCCGCCGACACCGCUAGCUGCAUGGCUAACUGAGCUAAGUAGCUAACAGCACGCCAAUGUUAGCAGUUUAAAAGAGUUGCAGUGGCCGUUUCUUUUCCACAGACAUCAGUAAAUCUCGCAGCGAUGCCAAUGUGUUGCUCUGUUCCUGUAAAUCGCUGACCUUGCAGGUUUUCAUCCGCUCGGCAUACGAUCAACAAAUUAACACCUGGUGUGAAGUGUGAAGCACCAGCAGAGUCCUCACACCUGCUGACUGACUGAUGCUGUGUCUCCCUGACAGACUGAGCAUGUUGUGCAGUCUGACCCUGAAGAAGCUGGUGGUGAUGAGAGAACUGGAUAAAGAGCUGAUCUCUGUGGUCAUAGCCGUUAAAAUCCAGGGCUCCAAACGGAUUUUGAGGUCCCACGAGAUUGUGCUGCCACCCAGUGGGUCUGUGGAGACCGAUCUGGCGCUCACCUUUUCACUGCAGUACCCUCACUUCUUAAAACGGGAAGGCAACAAGCUGCAGAUCAUGCUGCAGAGACGGAAGAGAUACAAGAACCGAACCAUCCUGGGCUACAAGACGCUCGCUGUGGGAUCUAUUGACAUGGCCGAGGUGAUGCAGCACCCGACGGAGGGAGGCCAGGUCCUGCCUCUCUGCAGCAACCAGAAGGACAUGCUGGGGAAGGUGGCGGAGAUCUGGAUCUUUUCCCUGUCCAGUCAGCCAAUAGACCACGAGGAGGCAGCCCUGCAGGGAGGACAGAAGAUCAAAUGCUCCGAUAACUACUCAGAGGACGAGUAUGAGAGCUUCUCCUCAGAGCAGGAGGCCAGCGACGACGCCGUGCAGGUACAGGACCUGGAGGAUGACGAGUACGACGUGAGAAAGCCAAAGAAACAAAGGAGGUCGAUUGUGAGGACGCCCUCCAUCACCAGACAGCAGAACUUUAAGCAGCGAGUCGUGGCUCUGCUGAAGCGCUUCAGAGUCUCAGAUGAGGUUCUGGAUUCGGAGCAGGACCCCGCAGAACCGCCCCCAGAGGUGGAGGAGGAGGACCUGGACCUGGACAGCGUGGAGUUCGAGAACCCGAGCGACAGCGGCCCGGAGCUCGAUGAUGACGACAGCGUCCUCAGCACACCAAAACCCAAACUCAAGCCAUAUUUCGAGGGUCUCUCACUCUCCAGCUCCCAAACUGAGAUCGGCAGCAUCCACAGCAGCCGGAGCCACAGGGAGCCUCCCAGCCCGAUUGACCCAGAUAAAACCAAGUGCGGCGGGGCCAAAUAUCCAGAUGACAAUGUGUCCGAUAACGUCUCCUUUGAGCAGCCGGAGGCGGUGACUCCCACCACAGAGCUGGAGAUGGACAACAUGGACACAUUUUUAGAGAGACUGCCACCAAGUGGCAAAAUGACCAAGACAGAGUCGCUAAUCAUUUCAUCCAACAGGCAGGAACCAAAGUUGGCAGGAAGGCGAGGGAGGAGCACGUCGCUGAAGGAGCGCCAGCCCAGCAGGCCGCAGAGCGAGAGGGCCAACAGCCUGGACAACGAGAGGUCCCUGGACACACGCUGCCACCUACAGAUCCCAAGAAAGACUGUGUAUGACCAGCUAAACCACAUCCUGGUGUCUGAUAACCACCUCCCAGACAGCAUCAUCCUCAUCAACACGUCAGACUGGCAGGGCCAGUAUCUUUCAGAUAUGCUUCAAAACCACCAUCUACCGGUGGUCUGCACGUGCACCACGGCCGACGUCCAGGCUGCGUUCAACACCAUCGUCUCCCGCAUACAGAGAUUUUGCAACUGUAACUCCCAGACGCCCGUCCCCAUAAAGAUCGCCGUGGCCGGAGCGCAGCACUACUUCAGUGCCGUCCUGAGGCUAUUCGUGGACCACCUCUCCCAUAAAACCCCUGACUGGCUCGGCUACAUGAGGUUCCUCAUCAUCCCUUUAGGUGCACAUCCCGUCUCCAAAUAUCUCGGCACUAUUGACUAUCGAUACAACAGUUUGUUCCAAGAUACUGCUUGGAGGGACCUCUUCCACAAGCCUGAGGCUCCCGUUGUUGCCCAGGAGAGCCCAGACGUGGUGUCCAGGGUCACUCAGUACAUGGUGGGAGCUAACGGGGCUCACCAGCUGCCCAUCGCAGAGGCCAUGCUCACCUACAAACAGAAGAGGAAAAAGAGCUUUCAUUUUGAUUUUGCAGUAAGCCCUGAUGAGGACUCGUGUCAGAAGUUCAUCCCUUUCAUUGGAAUGGUGAAAGUCGGCAUCGUUGAGCAAGCAUCUGCGACGUUAGUAGACUCUGAUGAUGCAGCACCUCUGGGCUCGUCUCUGCUCUCCUCCACCCCUCCGCAAGUUUCCCCCGCGCUCAAGGAAGCGUCGCCCACCCCGCCCUCCUCGCCCUCCGUCCACACCAGCUUCUGUGCUUACAGUUCUGUAGGACAGACGGAACUGAUGGGGCUCCAGGUUGACUACUGGGUGGCGCCGACAGAAAGGAAGAAAGACGUGGAGAAGCGGGACUCCUCCUCCAAAAACACUCUGAAGUGCAAUUUCCGCUCGCUGCAGGUCAGCCGGCUGCCACUGGGGGGCGCAGAGCCGAGCACCCAGCCCACCAUGUCCAUGACGGUGGUGACCAAGGAGAAGAAUAAGAAGGUCAUGUUCCUGCCAAAAAAGAGCAAAGACAAGGAGGUGGAGUCGAAGAGUCAAGUGAUCGAAGGCAUCAGCCGGCUCAUCUGCACUGCCAAGCAACAGCAGACCAUGCUGAGAGUACUGAUCGACGGCGUCGAAUGGAAUGAUGUCAAGUUUUUCCAGCUGGCGGCUCAGUGGUCGUCACACGUCAAACACUUCCCCAUCGGGAUCUUUGGACACUCGAAAGGCCCUUACUAGCAGCACCUAAGAGACUGAAUCACUGAGGACAGCUCCCCUCUCUCCUCCCCGUCCCUCGUGCCAACAGCUUUUAACUCCCUCCUCUCCUCCCUCCCCCCCCCGCACACUUCCUCUAUUCUGCCGUCUUAAUUUAAACUCCUGCAUUCACCUGUUGCAUUUGUCCGAUUAUUUAAUCUUUAUUGUGUUUUUGUUUUUUUUUUUUAAUUUUCUAUUUAUGUAAAAACAUCUUGAGGCAAAGCUGCCGAGGGGAAUAUUUCUUUACUCAGCUUUUUUAAAACAGAAAAUCCUGCUGAUGUUUUAUAGACUUUUGAGAAACAAACAAACAAACAAAAAAAAUAAUUAAAUGAUUAAUUAGAAAUGACCUCUAACCUUUAACAUACAGUAUGAGUGCCCAGGUUUCACCCUCUGCCAUGUUUUUUUUUUUCUUAAUUUGGUGAGGCACAGCACAUUUAAUCAAGAAUAUAUUUAAAAAAUGGAGAGCAGCUGCCUUGUAAUGAAGAGGAAGACGUGAGGGUCGUCUCAACCGUGACAACCACGAUGAAGACAUUUUGGAUUCUCAGCUUCAGACUGUUGUCACUUUACCGACUUCACCCCCCGAAGAAGAAAAACACGUGAACGGCCCCAGACCUUUUGGUUCUCUGCACUCAAUGAAGAAGUCUGAUGUGCAAUAGACUGGAUACUGUGUGAAUGCGACUCUGAAUAAUAACCUGGCACUGUUUAUGGAUUACAUGCUGCUCUUAGUUGUGACUUUUCACUCUGUGUGACCCCCUUCUCUUCUUUACUUUCUCCUCCCGGUAAACUGGCUCGAGAUUUGAAGGGUUUUUGCUCAAAACUGAGACAUGAAAUUAAAAAAAUAAGGGUCAAAAUCAGAACAUUAUUAAUAGCACAAACUACUAAUACUUUGUAGGCAAGAUAAACUUAAUGGAGUACUUGGACAUUUUGGGAAUAAAGGACAGAGAUAUAUUUGCUUUUAGCGACUUAUUCAAGUAAGCAAGAUGGUUUCUACAUUCGGAGAGAGCUAUGCUAGCUGUUUCCCUUUGUUUCCAGUCUUUAUGCUAUGCUAAGCUAACCGGCUACUUGCAAACAACUAGCCUGGCUCUGUUCAAAAGUAACAAAAAUCUGCCUACCAGCAUCUCUUAAAUUCACUCCAGUAAUAAUUAACACAUUAUCUCCUUUGUUUUGUCUUUAUAAAAUCAGAGCCAGGCUAGCUGUUUCCCUGUUUACAGCUGUUGUGCUAACCUAAGCUAAGCUAAGCUAAGCUAAUCAGCAGAGAUGUGGACUUGAGUCAUUCGACUUGGACUCAAAUCGUCUUCAGUCAUUGUUUCAAUAACUUGCAACUUGACUUGACUGAAAAUAGGAAUGAGACACAAUGACUCAAAUUACUUGACUUGUGUUCAUUUAAUGUUUUCAGUUUCAUUGACCAGGUUGGAUAAAUUUGCCACUUAUAUAAUCACUAGAAAGUUACUGAUACCUUGACUUUUCUCAGAUUCUGCAGGUACGGCUGCUGUUUCUUGGGGUGACUUGAUCUGACUUAAAGGUCCCAUAUUAUAUAUGUAUUAUAGUGUGACGUGUUUUUUUUAUUACAAAGCAGGUCUAGGUGCUAUAAAGAUACUGUGACGGUAUCAAAACACCCAAUCAAGAGAGAAACUGUGCCUUUAAACGAGACGUUUAGGGUUGUGAUGUCACAACUAUACAGUAACUGCCCCCAGCAGAGCCUCAGCAGCACAGUGGGUGGUGCCUGCUCAGGCCUAUGUGAGCCGACCAAUCAGAGCAGACUUGGCUCUCCGGGGGGUGGGCUUAAAGAGACAGGCACUAAAGACAGAGGGUGAACAGACGUGCUGCAGUAAUGGACAGUAUGAGAACAACAGCGUUUUAUUUGACAACAUAAGAAGCUGGCCAUUAACAUAAUAUGGGACCUUUGACUGGAGACAUGACUUAACUAACACUUUACUUGAGAUUUGAAGUAAAUGGCUUGAGUCACAUACUGCUUUCAAUCCUCUCAUCUAAUCCUGAUCGAAAAUAUUCCUGAAAAUGUCAAACUAUUCCUUUAAAUUCUGUUUAUCAUAAAUAUAAACUAAACCUAAAGAUGACAAACGUUACACAGUGGCUCCUCUGUAUCAAACAAUUAGCUUUUUUAAUGUUUAAUUGAGAAAACAACCCUUUGCCCUCGAGCCCCACACUCCUCAGACACACUCCGUAUCUUUUGCUGAAAGCAAAAACUUUACUUUUGCCAAAGGAAUACUCGUCAACUGCAGCUCACUCCGCUAUUACCUGUGUGGUAUUAUAGAAGACUUCAUAAUGUAGAGGUGAAUGUAUUGAAGGUACCUUAAUGUAAAGCACUUUUAAAUGUUUGUCCAUCAUAGUUUAGCGUGUUAUAGAAACCUACCCGGGGGGAACUGCAGGGACGACUGACUGCGGUUCACAGAGGGCACAUGGGACAGACGGACAUCUGGCUUCAUAUCUGAGCAGCACAAGCAGCAAGCGGUGUUCACGGCAUAUUUUUUUUAUGCAAAAGCAAACCGAGCACCUGUUUCGUCUCUGUGCAGGAUCACUCAGUGUGAGGCCGCGUUGAACUGUUUAGAAAUAUAGUUUGAUAUUCUGUAAGUUUAGUCUAGAACGUGUCUGUGACGUUAACAGUUCUGUCCGUAGAUUUUUUUUUUUUGUUCAAUAUUUUGUUGACUGUUAAGCAUCAAAACUAAAAAAAAGUAUUUUUGCUUAUAAAAAUUUCUUUCUGUAGCAGUUUCAUUAUAACGUUUUGCCAAUUUCUUGAUAAGUGCCUAAAUUGCAUAAUUUUGACAAAUCAACAUAAAGUAAUUUUUUCCCCCCCGGCUGAGAUUGGUGCUGAUUCUGGUUCUGACAACAGAAUAUCUCGAUACGGUGCGGUGAUUUUUCGCAGCUUGUUCAUUGGAGGGAGAGAAAAUCGCACUGCUGGCUCUCAAACAUGGGUUUGAAGUAACUAGAAAAAUAAAAUAAAAACUACAGCCCGUCCAUGUUGAGCAUAUAUUUGUUUCUCGAUAUAGAAGAUGUUUUAGAUGUUUUGGUUUUCAUGUUGUCUCAGAGAAAACGGCUUGUUGAAACUGAACGUCCCCUAAAGACUACCACUGUAAUCCCAAAACUUGGAGUAAUAAAACUACUAUACACACUA